AUGCGCUCGCGUCUGCACCGGAGCGGGUUCCUGCACACCGCCAGUCUGGCUCGCGUCAACGCCACCUGCAGGCCAGAAGAGUGUGUGCCGGAGGAGCUGCGUCAGUACGCCAGAGCUGGAGAAGAUAUCCGACACGCUAGUUUCCAUCGCAUCGUGGUUUCCACUUGCUCCAGCGCUGGAAUGUUCUACCAGAUCGGUCUGCGUGUUGGUCACUUCACCCAUGUGUUUGUGGAUGAGGCCGGUCAGGCCACUGAGCCCGAGUCGCUCAUCCCUCUGAGUUUGCUGUCGGAGACGAGUGGACAGAUGGUGCUGGCCGGAGAUCCGAAGCAGCUGGGGCCGGUGGUGAAGUCCAAGCUGGCCGCUGUGUUUGGACUCGGCGUGUCUCUGCUGGACGAGACUGAUGGGAACACCGCUCUACAGCUGCGGCGAGAGAGGAUACAACCCCCUGCUGGUGACGAAGCUGGUGUAUAACUACCGCUCCCACGAGGCUCUGCUGGAGCUGCCGUCACGUCUGUUCUACGCCGGAGAGCUGUGUGUCCGCUCGCAGAGGACCGUCGUGGACGCGCUCUGUCACUGGAGCAGGCUCCCAUCUAAGGGCUUC